CUGCCUCGGGCCAGCGUCCUCACAGCGUCGUGCGAGUCUCGUCUCGUUCAGCAUGUCUGGCCGCGGCAAAGGCGGGAAGGGGCUGGGGAAAGGCGGCGCCAAGCGCCACCGCAAGGUGCUGCGCGACAACAUCCAGGGCAUCACCAAGCCCGCCAUCCGGCGCCUGGCUCGCCGCGGCGGCGUGAAGCGCAUCUCCGGCCUUAUCUACGAGGAGACCCGCGGGGUGCUCAAGGUGUUCCUGGAGAACGUGAUCCGGGACGCCGUGACCUACACGGAGCACGCCAAGCGCAAGACGGUCACCGCCAUGGACGUGGUGUACGCGCUCAAGCGCCAGGGCCGCACCCUCUACGGCUUUGGCGGCUGAGCGUUCUCGUUUAUCCCCAAAAGGCCCUUUUCAGGGCCCCC